CAUUCGUCGUGCCUUCUAAGUAUUUCAUCCUCAAAAACUAACGAGAAAAAAGUUUGCUUAAUUAUGUAUGCAGCGUCUAUGAUCAGGAUCACCAUGACGUGCUGAUAUGUAUGAAGAGAAACAUCAUCGUCGUGAAAUUCCAUGAUGGUGGACCAAUAGUCUUGACAAGAAGAAGAUGUUGUAGAAGGUAUAUUUAUAGUAAUUUCACUCUUGAGAAGAAAACUUUUGGUCGUGUGGAAUGAAGCCUCGUGGUUUUUAAGUCAUUUUUUUAUUGCGGUAGCGCGAGAGGUUGCUACUGAUUGGCAAUUUUCACGCGGAUGCUAUACUCGUAAUGUUCCUAUUACGAGGAUUUUGCAGGUGUAUGUCUAUGUUUAGAAGGCAGUAACUGAAAUUCUUGGAGUAGUAAUUCUUGAUUGAUAAAGACAAGAUGUGGCCCUUCAGCCGCAAGAAGGACAACAAGGAUGGGGAGAAUAAGCCCUGGCGGGCGAAGUUCAACGAGAGUGGGAUGGAUAUGUACUACAACAAGGAGCUCAAAUGCUGGGUGGAACGUGGGAAGGAGGAAGAAAUGCGAAAGACACUUGCAGACAUGCUACCCUCGGCACCUCCGUCAGCGAGUGAACUUCAGUUAUGACAGUCAGCGAUGUUAAUGUAUCCACAUCAAGCAAAUGAGGCCAUUAGAAUGGUUCUGUCUCGAUUAUAGUAGUGCUUAGGUUUUUUAUCCGUUCAAGCAAUUAUAGUAGUGCUUCACAUACUGCACACGAGGCACCCACGGACGACAAAACCAAACAAGAUUCGCGUUGUCAUGUUUUUGAGUUAGAGGAAGACUGCUUCUGAGGACCGACUACACUUUCUUGAAUUCUCUAAUAUAGAAACAGACGGAGCAGCCUGGAGGUGGAUCUUCAAAGAGUGGAGGUGGAUCAUCGGCAGACGGGCAAGGGAUAUCAGCAAUUUAUGAUUUGGUUUUCGUUUUCAUCGGAGGUGAUCAGCUUUGAGUUACUUCUAGUACUAAGUAGGGAUAGGUACUUUAUGAACUAUUGGCUUAGGUAAUAGACUGAGAUUAUCUACAGUUUUGAAAAUUAGGUGUUUGGUCCCCAAAAUCAUGCUGGUAUUAACGAAGAUUGAGAUCAUAUCGUUCAUUUCAUGAGAAAGUAGUCAGCUUUUGUCUUAUGUGAUGUGUACAACGUAGAAGUCGAGAAAGUGAUCUCUCUUGCGUUCAUGACUUUGAUGCAAUGAUGCAGCCGCCGUCGCGAGGAGGUGGCGGCCUGGAUUCUUUACUGCGACCGCCUUCGCGACCCUUGCCGGGUAGAGGAGGUAGUGGGAAGACGCCUGGAAGUUCGAGCUUGAUUUAAGGCUUCAACCUCAAAUCCAUCUUCAGUUGGAGGUGACUGUUUGCGGUAUGGUUACACUUCUAAGGGAAAGUAAACACAAAAGGUCAUAAGAGGAUGCCGCUCAAGAUGGAUUUUGGGAGGAAGGUCUAACUCAUUCCAACGCCAGGGUCUUUGAUACCCACCCCAGGGUCGUUGAUACCGACACCAGGCCUUACCCCCGAGUUAGGCGAGGAUGA